CAUAUCUGCAGCUCCAAGAAAAUGGUCUUGACCUUCCUUCCUUACCUGUACAUUAGUUGUCUUCCAUGGCCUCUCCUUCUUGGAAAACCCUUAUCUCCACUUAUAUAUACCAAUUACCCAUUAUUUCUUUUUCUAUCCUCAACAAAAACCAUACUUCAAUUUCCUCUCUUCCUCUCUCUGUCUCUAAAUCUCCAUACUUUUCUUUCUUCAAAGAUGGCAUCUUCACAAAACCAGAACCCAUCACAAGACUUCUUUGACUACUUGCCUGUUAUGGCAAACAAGCUUGGCGGCGAUGGUCUGAUUGGAGAGCUAUGCAAUGGGUUUAAUCUUCUGAUGGACAGUGAAAAAGGAGUUAUCACUUUUGACAGUCUGAAAAGGAACUCUGCCUUUUUAGGAUUGCAAGAUUUGAGUGAUGAUGAUUUAAGGUGCAUGUUAAAGGAAGGUGAUUUUGAUGGUGAUGGUGCUCUUAAUCAGAUGGAGUUUUGUGUUCUUAUGUUUAGAUUAAGUCCUGAGUUGAUGGAAGAGUCUAGAUUUUUGGUAGAAGAGGCUCUUCUGCAGGAAUUGAAGGAUUUUUGUUAGUGAAAAUUCUUCUUUUCCCUUUCUUUCUUCUUGGAUUAUUCUUUUUUUCUUGAAUGUAAUAAUUGCUGAUCUUGUAUUGGAUUACAAAAACACAGAAGAAAAAAAAUUGAAAACUUUGUAAAAAAAAAAUAUUUAUGAUCUGUUAUCUUUUGACUUGA